AUGGCAGCUCUCCCCACCUGCUCCGCCGCGGAACUAACCCCUCUCCUCGGCUUUGCCGCCAAUGCCACCGCCGCAGCUGACUACAUAUGCGAACGCUUCACCGCCACCUCCGACAAAUUCACGAACACCACAUAUGCCAUCGAUAACACCUACCUCCUCUUUUCCGCCUAUCUCGUGUUCGCAAUGCAGCUCGGGUUCGCCAUGCUCUGCGCAGGGUCGGUUCGCGCCAAGAACACCAUGAACAUCAUGCUCACCAACGUUCUGGAUGCUGCGGCUGGUGGCCUCUCGUAUUACGUAUUCGGAUUCGCUUUCGCCUUCGGUGGACCUUCCAAUGGUUUCAUCGGAAAACAUUACUUCGGGCUGAAAUCGAUCCCAUCGGAUGUUUACGACUAUAGUUUCUUUCUGUACCAGUGGGCAUUCGCCAUAGCAGCUGCGGGUAUUACCAGUGGCUCCAUUGCUGAAAGAACUCAGUUUGUGGCAUACCUUAUUUACUCUUCCUUCUUGACAGGGUUUGUGUAUCCGAUAGUUUCACAUUGGGUGUGGUCUAGUGAUGGUUGGGCUAGUGCCUCCCGAACCAGUGGCAGCCUCUUGUUGGGUUCAGGAGCUAUUGACUUUGCUGGUUCGGGUGUGGUUCACAUGGUGGGUGGGAUCGCUGGACUCUGGGGUGCGUUGAUCGAAGGUCCAAGAAUUGGCCGGUUUGAUCGUUCCGGCCGGUCUGUGGCUCUACGAGGCCACAGUGCCUCACUUGUGGUUUUGGGUUCUUUCCUUUUAUGGUUCGGUUGGUAUGGUUUCAACCCUGGUUCUUUCCUCACAAUCUCUAAAUCAUACAACACUUCGAAUCAAUAUUACGGUCAAUGGAGUGCCAUCGGAAGAACCGCCGUCACCACCACUUUGGCUGGUUGCACCGCCGCACUAACCACCUUGUUUAGCAAACGACUACUAGUCGGCCAUUGGAAUGUCACCGACGUUUGUAAUGGCUUGCUCGGAGGUCUCGCCGCCAUAACCUCAGGCUGUGCGGUGGUCGAGCCAUGGGCUGCAGUCGUUUGUGGCUUUAUCGCCGCUUGGGUUCUGAUCGGAUUCAACAUCCUAGCAGAAAAGUUCAAAUACGAUGAUCCACUAGAGGCGGCACAACUACACGGCGGUUGUGGGUCGUGGGGGCUGUUAUUCACAGGGUUGUUUGCUAAGAAACAGUAUGUUCAUGAGGUGUACGCUUCCGGCCGGCCGUACGGGCUUUUCAUGGGCGGCGGAGGGAAGUUGCUGGCAGCCCAGAUCAUCCAAAUACUGGUGAUUGUUGGAUGGGUGAGUGCCACCAUGGCCCCACUUUUCUAUCUCUUGAAAAAACUCAACUUAUUGAGGGUUUCUAAAGAAGAUGAAAUGGCAGGGAUGGACAUGACCAGACAUGGCGGUUUUGCUUAUGUUUAUCACGAUGAAGAUGGAAGCUUUCACCCACCACCAGGGUUUAUGAUGGGAAAGGUGGAACCAGCAAGUGGAAGCCCAUCACCCCUUCACAACACAACACAUGUGGUUGUGUAGCUCCAUUACUAUUUUCUUGUUAUACGUAUAUACAUCGAUUCUAUAGUGGUUCGGCAAGGGUUAUACAUUAAAAGCGGAAUCGAAACUUUAACGAUGGAGAAAACGACCGUCGUCGUUGACUAAUUAUCAUAAACGGGUUGUUAAGCGAGUUCUUAACUAAGGCAAGACGUGGCUUUUCAAACGCCUAAUGAUUUAGAUGAACCCGUUAUAAAUAUGAUGUUGUAUUUGAAGAUAAAUAUAUCCGUAAGCGUUUUCUUGCUUCAAUUUUCAUAUUUC